AGAACAUUACUUUUGUCCACGUGGGCACUCAAUGCUGUACAAAGUGCAAAAGAAAAUCUUUCAAAUAAAUAUUUUACAAAAUUUCUUUGUUCUAAAAUGAUGACCUUAGGAGAAAAGGCUGCCGUGGCAGCACCUGCUUCCACAAAUAAUGGGCAAGUACUUUGAGGCAACAAAAAUUUGACAGCCUCAAAAAGUUAUCCACAGAAGCUAUUUGUGAUAAUAUUUUGUGGAUAAGAAUCUCUAUUGGAUGUCAAAACACAAGCACCCCCACUACACUCCAACACACUUCUUCCCUACUUCAACUCCAUUUGCAUUGGCAUGUUUACAAAACCUCAACUCUUUAGCCAUGCAAAACCCAUAUCUCCCUCCUUCCUGCCUUUAGAACGAAAUCUUUCAACUUGUUAGAAGCAUGGACUUUGUUCGUAAGAGAUUUGAAAUAUUCAUUGCCUUUCUAGGAAGCAUGGCUGUACAAGUAGGUCGUGUAGGAUGGACCUAUUAAGGACAGGUUCUCCAGGUGUACCCUUUAAGCACAGGAAUUUGAGUUGGAAAACAAGUUCCUGGCCUCCUAAUGUUGCAUGGAAGUGAUUAUUGUCAAUCAUAAAGGGUGGAUGGCGGUUUAUUAGACAGUGAAAAGAAGAUAAGAAACUUUGGAUAGUGUGGCUAACAGAAGGUCCAUUGCCAUGGGCAAACAUCAGGAGAGAACAAUCAUUGGCAAGAAACUGGUUAAAGCUCCAGCAGUUGUGGUAUCAAAUGUACAUGAGAAGGACCAGUUGCAUUCAGUUACAGUUUCUGCAGUUUCUGAAGUUAAAUCCAAAUGCAUUGUUUGCUUGGGAAAGAAUGGUUGCCGGACUGUUCAUGCAAGAACAAAAUUGAUGAAUAUUCUGAUUGAGAAGGGGAAGCCUCAAGAAGCUCGUUCUGUUUUCAAAAGCUUAACAGAAGAAGGACACAAACCAACUCUUGUGACCUACACAACUCUUGUGUCUGCAUUAACCCAGCAGAAACAAUACAAGUCCAUUACUUCACUUAUCUCCAAAGUGGAAGAGAAUGGUAUGAAGCCUGAUUCAAUUCUCUUCAAUGCUAUGAUCAAUGCCUUUUCUGAGUCUGGAAAUAUGAAAGAAGCCAUGAAAAUCUUUCAGAACAUGAAGAAGAGCGGAUGCAAGCCCACAACCAGUACAUUCAAUACCCUUAUGAAAGGAUAUGGCAAUAAUGGCAAGGCUGAUGAAUCUUCAAAAUUACUAGAGUUAAUGUUGCAGGAUGAAGAUGUGCAACCAAAUGGUAGGACAUAUAAUAUUCUAAUUAGAGCCUGGUGCAACAAAAUGAACAUAAAAGAAGCAUGGAAUGUGGUGUAUAGAAUGGUGGCAUCUGGUAUGUGUCCUGAUGUUGUCACUUACAAUACAAUAGCAAGAGCCUAUGCUCAGAAUGGGGAGACUUAUAGGGCAGAACAGAUGAUACUUGAGAUGCAAAGCAACAAAGUGGCUCCCAGUGAGCGUACUUGUGGCAUCAUUGUGACUGGAUAUUGCAAAGAAGGUAACAUGACGGAAGCUUUGAGGUUUGUGCACAGAAUGAAGGAGCUAGGAGUGCAGCCAAAUCUUGUUGUCUUCAAUUCUCUGAUAAAAGGUUUUCUAGAUGUUACAGAUACUGAUGGAGUUGAUGAGGCACUAACACUGAUGGAAGAGUUUGGGGUCAAACCAGAUGUCAUAACAUUUAGCACGAUCAUGAAUGCAUGGAGCUCAGCAGGGCUGAUGGAUAAAUGCCAGGAGAUAUUUGAUGAUGUGGUGAAGGCUGGUAUAGAACCUGACGCCCAUGCAGUUAGCAUCCUGGCUAAAGGUUAUGUUCGUGCCGGGAAGCCAGGAGAAGCUGAGUCACUCCUCGAUUCCAUGAGCAAAUUUGGUGUGCAUCCAAAUGUUGUAAUCUUCACAACCAUCAUCAGUGGGUGGUGCACUGCUGGGAAAAUGGAGCAUGCAGCCAGAGUUUACGAGAAAAUGUGUGAAAUCGGUAUUUCCCCCAAUUUGACUACUUAUAAGACUUUAAUAUGGGGGUAUGGGGAAGCAAAACAGCCUUGGAAAGCUGAAGAACUCCUGCAGGUUAUGGAAGACAAGGGCAUCUAUGCUGAGAGGAGCACCAUGCAGCUUGUUGCGGAUGCUUGGCGUGCCAUUGGAUUACCAAGUGAAGCAAAUAGAAUUGUAAAACAUGUAGAUCAAGGAGUUGCAUCAAAUAAUACAGAUGAGAUACCGGCAGAGAGUUUGGAGAAGGUUUAUAAGAAACAAAACCUUAAUACUUCUUAUUCCAAUGUUUUGCAGAUACCUGGAGUAGCCAUCCCUGAUCAAAAUGGAUCAUCUACUGCUAAAACAAGAAUCCAAAUGGUUUUGAAGAAAUACGAUUCUUCAUCUAUGUUUCCUGCUCAAGCAAGUGCUUUAGGGGUGCAACCAACGAUUAUAUGCCGGAAGCAGUUAACAAGAAGGGAGAGGAUGCAUGGUCAGUUUGUAAAUUCAUGUAAAUUGGUGUUCAUAAACUGAUCGAGAAUUUUGGGAUGGUUGUCCAGAGAUCAUGUGGUUUGAUUUUUGACACCAUUGGACUUCUGGAAAUGUUGAUGACUCAAGGCAAAGCUGUAGAUGUUGAAGCUGUUCAUCAACACAUACAGUUAUAUAUUUUAUUGGAUCAUUGUCAUACAAUGUUUUUGUGUAGGUAAUUAAAAUGGCUGCCUACAAUUUUUACAUACAUUAUUUGUUUCAGGCAGGCCACAAAAAGACUACCAUCGAUUUGUCUGUGAAGGGGUAACUUAUUUUCAAUCCUAUAUAAUAUAUGAUGAUAUCUUUGCAUUCUCCCUCAUAUCUCUUAUGUUGAGAACAUGAUUCACCAGCCUUGUUUUCUUCUUUUCCAUGUUUCGUCUCUUUUUUUUUUUCUAUCAUAAUCUGAAUCAAAACAAGUCAAAAGACAGCAAAAACAAACUCAAAUCCUCGAAAUGGUGUGAAGGGCUUCUUCUCA